CGGAAGUUGGGUUAGCAAGAUGGCGAUGGGGAGGGAUCGCGCUAUGGCAAGGGAGAAAACGGAAGCGGCGGUUGUGGCCGCCGCUGCCUUUUCCGAAGAGGAAGAAAGCGACGAGGCUCCAGAGGAGGUGACCUUCGAGAAGGCGCGGGAGAUCGCUGCGGAGGGGCGCCGGCUGGCGGGGGAGCGUGCCCGCAGAGAAAAGGCCAUAUUGAAAGGAAAGAGACGACAUAGAGAAGAACUAUUUAAGGAACAAAAGAAAAGAAAGCUGCUUCCUGAAAAUUUGUUGGAGGAGUUGGCAUCCACACAGAAUAGCACCAAUCAGACAUCUGAUGUACUUGAGCAAGAUCAGAAUGUUGAAGAUGAAGUUGAAAAUCAUGAAGAUUCAGAAAAACACAGUGAAGAAGAAAUAUUGGCAACCAGAUGUCCCAAAAAUUAUAUGGCUGUACGGUUAAAAGACCAAGACUUAACUAGUCAACGGCAGCAGGAAGCCAAAGACUUUAUACAAAGACAGCUUUAUGGAGCAAGCUGCAAUCGAACUACUGCAAACCAGUAUUUUUCUGUUGAAAACAAGAAGAAUGCAGUUAAAAAAGCUGCGAUCCAGUUUGUGAAUAAAUCUUGGGGUAAAGUGAAAAAACAAAAAGCUAAUCGAUUUACAAAACAUUGGGUAUCUUCAAAAAUAAUUCCCUGAAAUAUUUUAAUAUUGUUUAUGUACAUCACUGCAAAAUGUCUUGCAUCCGAAUUAUAUAAUGCUGUCCUCACUGUUGUUUUAUACAUUGUUAACAUUUUUAUGAUUUGUGUGUUUUUAUGUUAUAUAUUUAAGGAGAAUUAAAAGAUACAACCUUCUGGAAAAUACUUAAGGUCUUGCAAUGGUAUGUUCCAACUAAAUGUAGUUUUAGUUCUGUUCUUUGAACUCAGUUGAAUUAAGUUUUUGGUUGAAUGAGAGAUGAGUUUCUUAAAUACUGUUGAUACUUUUUUUACUAAAAUGCUUAAGAUUGCUUCUCCCUCAUCUGUAAAAUGACUUACAGCUGUACCCAAGACAGUACAUUCCAAUGAGUCUGACAGACUAUAUCUUGAAGUAAUUUGUAUAUAGGAUGGCAACUGUGGGAA